GCUCCCUGUCUAGGGUUUUAUCUGCGUGCCCUAUAUAAUAAUCUCCCCUCCCGCUCCGCCGCCGCCUCCUGCAUUCCUUCUUCCCGUUGGAUCCCAGCCGCCGCCGCGAGACGAAGAGCUGAGCUCGGCGACUCCCAGGUCUCGCGAGAAGAUGCCGAAGCAAAUCCACGAGAUCAAGGACUUCCUUCUCACCGCGAGGAGGAAGGAUGCCCGUUCAGUGAAGAUCAAGAGGAGCAAGGAUGUUGUCAAGUUCAAGGUUCGCUGCUCCAAGUACUUGUACACCCUCUGCGUCUUUGAUGCUGAGAAGGCAAACAAGUUGAAGCAAUCACUUCCCCCAGGUUUGAGCGUCCAGGAGGUUUGAUUGGAUACAUGACAAAGUCAAGAUGAACUACCAAAGCAUCUUUAUCAGUAGCAGAGCAUGUUAUUCUAUGUAAUUUUGGAACCUAAGCUAUUAGACCUGUCAGUGUUGGAUUUGUGGAUCUUGAAUUUUUGGAGAAAUGCCAAUUUACCUCGUUCAACGAUGCACCGUGAAGUUUGUUUCUGAUUUGACUGCACGUUAAUUCAGAUUUAUGUCUGUGCCCCUUCCA